AAAAAAAAAGCGAGGAUCGCAUUCGGUCUGUGACGCAUAAUCCAAGCCGCUCCAAAAGGGGCUAUCUACAGAGCUUCCCGCCCAAGUGCUUUUCCAACCUCGCCCUUUGAUGCGAUUUGCCAGCGCCUCCCUCGCCCGUCUUGCCUGUUUGCCAUCAGCCUGCCUGGGUACCUAGCCCAAGAGAGGUACCUGCCUACCUAGGCGCCUUGGUAGGCAGUCAGCCAGUUGCCCUCCGUUUGUCGGAAACGAUAUCUCGCAAACCCCUCAUCGCCAAGCACCCGGGAUCUCAACGAUGAUGGGACUCCAGGGUAUCGUCCACGGCCACGGCCACGCUCGGCGCCGCACAAUCUCGAAUGCCAGCAACAAGUCCAACCGAUCCUCCGUCGACGAAGCAAAGCUUGAGGCCAUGCAGGAUGAUACCGAGGUUGUCGAGCCUGAUCAGGGAAAUGUUCUCACACACAUAAUCUCUCAGCUCCGCCCGGGCGCCGAUCUCAGCAGAGUAGUUUUACCUACAUUCAUCCUCGAGCCCCGAAGCAUGCUCGAGCGCAUUACAAAUUUCAUGUCUCACCCAGAGAUGCUCCUUCCUAUCCCCGACAUUGACGACCCGGUGGAGAGAUUCGUCUCAGUUGUUAAGUUCUACCUGAGUGGUUGGCACAUCCGCCCUCCGGGUGUCAAGAAGCCGCUCAACCCGAUUUUGGGAGAAAUAUUCACCUGCUACUGGGACCUCCCGGACAACACACACGCCUAUUACAUCUCGGAGCAGACAUCGCACCACCCGCCCAAGUCUAGCUACUUCUACAUGGUUCCGCAUCACCACAUACGGGUCGACGGUACCCUGAAGCCGCGGAGCAAGUUCCUGGGAAAUUCGGCUGCUAGCCUCAUGGAGGGAACGGCAAUCCUGACGUUCCUAAAUCGCGGUCAAGAUCCUUCAAGAGGAGAGCGAUACUAUCUCACCCAGCCAAACAUGUACGCGCGAGGGAUCCUGUUCGGAAAGAUGAAGUAUGAGCUCGGCGACCACAGCGUUGUGCGCUGCCCGGAGCUUGGUCUGACUGCCGACAUCGAGUUCAAGAUGAAGGGAUGGGUUAGCGGUUGCUAUAAUGCCAUUGGUGGCACAAUCAGGGACGAGAACACGGGAGAGAUCCUCUUCGAACUCUCUGGACUCUGGAGCGAUGAGAUGUUCAUCAAGAAUAUCAAGACUGGCCAUCGCGAGAUGUUCUUCAACGCUCUCAAAUCCAGGCCCUCGCCGCCUCUAGUCAGGCCAAUAGAUGAGCAGGAAGAACGCGAGUCGCAGAGGCUAUGGCAGCAGACAGCGCAGGCUGUUAGGGAAUCCAACCAUGAGGUAGCCACCAUCGAGAAGACCAAGAUCGAGGAUAUGCAGCGAGAGGAAGCCGCUAGGAGGGCGCAAGAAGGCGUUGAGUGGCAUCCCCGCCUGUUUCGGCGGGUCAAGGGAGGCCAGGGAGCACCGGACGAAGGCGAAGAGGAUCUGGAAUGGAUCAUCAAUGCACAGAUUGACACCAAAACGCCAGAAGAACAGAUCAAGCAGGUCUUGGCCAUAUACCCAGUGAUAAAGGGCCAGAAGCCGAGCGAGAUUAACGCAAUCCCGUCAAGAGAUGCUCUCGUGGAGAAGGCGCAGGUCCCUCCUCCGGCCUCAGAGGGUCUCAUAGACUUUGGGGAGGAGACGACGACCAAGGCGGCGACCGAGGGCAAACAGUCGACCGAACAGGCACCAAAGGCGACUACCCCAGCAGGUACAGGCGCUCCCGCAGACACCAGUGGCAGCAACGAAAUCGAAGAGAUGCUGUACUCGACUGGCCACCCACCCAAGAGUGACGGCCCGCUGGUCGACUUUGGGAAGGACCUCAAGAAAGACCUCCCCAGGAUAAAGCGGUCGGAUACGGACGAGUCGCAUGAUGAGUUCCACGAUGCCCACGAGUAAAAAGAACUAAGUGGGCAAGCUGGUCCCUGGUUUGAAAUGGAAGUCUUCUGACUCCCAUAUAACCGUAUUGCAAAAAGCUUGUCGGCCGAGGAUGAUCUACGGGGAUGAUUUGAGACGAAUGAGACGAUUGGCGUGUUUUCUUUGGUCCUUUUUUGCGCUUCAUUGGCGCUUUUAUGUAAUAGAGCCUGAGCGAAGAAUGCGGAGCCAAUGCCACUAUCGCCAACAAGGUGUGAGAUGGGUACAACCUACAAGGAAGGUUGCUAGGCAGUGGCACUCAGUCGUAUCCUAGGCCGGGCAGGAAUUAUUAGGAAGGCGAACGGACGGAGCAAAGCAUCCAUGAAUUCACAUAGUUACUACCUUAAGGGGUAUCAUUAACAUUUGGCUCCAAAAAGCCAACCAUGAAAUCGUCAAUAAGCGCACUGAUUCUGCCCGCAA